GAAAAUGAAACAUUUCUUAUUUUAUUAUGUAUUCUUAUUCUUUUAUAGGUAUUUUUUGUUAAGUUGACAUAAAGUAUGGAGAAAAGAGAGACAGAUCAGAAUCUCUGUUAAAUUAUCCAUAAGUUUCUAAAUCCCAGUUUCAGGACUUUUUUCUUACCGACGUUGUUGUCCUUCUGUCGCGCCGAAGCUCUUGGGUGUAUGGAUACUUUCUACUAGUACUAAUAGUCAUAUAGUACACUUAAGCCUAACGAGUGGCGUUAAUUUAUGUUUGUUAAUAUUUAAUUCGUGUACUUUUAAACCGCAACAUCUUGGGCCUGUAGAGUGACUUUGAAACAGUUAACUUUUAAGCUUAUUCUCCAAAACUAAAAUUUUAAAGCGAUAUGAGUAGUGGUGUGACUAUGAGGAAUUCUAAAGCAAGAAAUUUUCUCUAUGGUCUUGUGAUAUGUGCCAUGUGUUUGACUGUAUACCUUCUUAGCAGAACUCAUUCACAGCUGAAAAUUGUAGAGAAGUCACAAGAUAAAUGUGUUCAGCAGCGAGAUUCAUUAUCAGCACAAUUACAAGUUGUUUAUGAACACAAGAGUCGACUGGAAAAAUCCCUACAGGAAGAGAAAGCAUCCCAUAAAAAUUUUAGACUUGAAGCACAACAGAACAAUAAUGCUAUUCAAAACCAGAUGGCAACAGAAAAGAGAUUAGCACAAGAAAAACUGGAAUUUUUAACCAAUGAAAAGCAGGAACUUGAGGAGAAGUGUGAUGAGUCUGAGAAAAAGCUUAACCUGCUGAUGAAUGUAAUAGACCAGUCAAAGCAGAACUUAUCACAUAUGGAAGAGGCUAAAAUGAAGAUACAGUCAGAUAUGUACAAUCAGCUACAGAUUAUUAGGCAGCAGAAGGAUGAACAGAUUGGUAAACUGGAAGAAAUCAACAGAGAACUUGAAAAAAGUAAAGAAGACUUAACCCAGAGCAACUUGAACCAGGCUUGGAAAUUACAAAAACAGGCGGAAGAAAUUGAUCAUUGGAAGAAAAACUAUAAAGAUUUGGAGAGUCAACUUCAACAUGCAUCUGAACAGUUGCAGGAAAUUCGAGCUCGUAUAAAAGAUGAUGAAAACAAAGAUCAUGAUCAUAAGAACGUUGAUGCUGAUGCUCAUAUUGGUGAUAAUGAUAAAAAAGCUGCAACAAAACUAGUCAAUAGGAUGAAUGAAGAUACUCAAGAUAAAAAGGAUAAAGAAGACAAGGUGAACAUGGAAGGCAAUCAACAGAAUUAUGCUUUUAAAGAAGACUACAAACUUUUUCCAGACAAUCAGCUUGGUGAUGUUGCAGAAAGUCAGAAAUUAUCAUUUGAACCAGACAACAAAGAAAGAAAAAUAGAACCAGUUGAAAACCAGCAAGGAAAUAAACUUAUAAAAUAUCCUUCUCCUAAAGUUUUAGAACAAAAGGGUAUAGCUUACAACUCUGUUGGAGAUGAUAAAGUUGCUGAUAAUAGCAUGAAUGUUGGAAACCAGCCAGAUUAUGGUGUAGGUGAUGUCUUAAAUAAGGAGAAUAAAGCUGGGGAUCAUGUUCAUGACAGAGUCAAACACAGUGAAGGAGGAGCAGCCCCUCCCCCAUUAGAUUUUAUGCCAAGAGCUGAACAGAAAUUAGACAACAAACCCCUGGACUUGCCAAUACACCAUGAGAAUCAAGGACUGGUGGACCAAUCUCUAGGUCUUCUUGGGAACAGUAGAAAUGAAAACAUUCAUUAUGGUAUAGAUCAUUUUCUUCAUCAAGGUGCAGGGAAGUCUGGAAAAAUGAAUUUCUUUUUGCCAAACAAAUAUGCUGAAGACGUUCGGGACUCUAAAGUCAACUCUAAUGGUAAUGUUGCUGUCCUUGAACGACCAAGAGUUGCAGUAUCUGAAGAACAACAUAAUCAAGUAAGAGGUGGGCAAUUUGAGCACAACCCUUUGCAUUAUUUUCCACAGCCUAGACCUGAGGCAGAAAAAUUCAAUCCUCCUUUAGAAAAGUCAGCCAAUGGUCAGCACAAGAAUGGAGCUGAUAGACAGCAGAUGGAAUCACCACAUCUUCCUCCAGUCAAUGACCUCUCUCACCAGUAUAUGUUCCCACUACAUCCUGUGGGUAACAACAGAGCUGGCAAUGAUUACCAGUUCAAUGUUAUCCCUAAACCUCUUCCACUAAAACCCCAGAAUCAAAAUCUUAAUUUUAAUGAAAAAGAUUUGAUUUCCAAUCAUAAACCAGCACCUCAGAUGGCAGGAAAUAAUGCUGAAGAUAAUGAAAAGCUUGACAGUAAUCUUCAGGAAAAAGCAGGCAUGAACAGAGAUCAUCUGUUCCCUCCAGGUGACUUGAGUCACAGAUGGAGAGCAGGUUUUGGUCAGAAUGCUGGUUUGGUUGAAAAACCAUACAACAAUGAUGAAUCACAGAAAGAGAAACUGAAAAUCCCCAAUAUGAAGCAAAAUUCACAAGGAAACAAAGAUGGCGACCAUGACUAUGAUUAUAAUGGAGAGGGAGAUGAUGGUGAUGACCAGGAUCUAGAUGGUGGAAAUGAAGAUGAUCAGUUGAUAGCUGAUAAUCAAAAUGAACUUGGGCAUGGAAAAGUUUUCCAAGAUGCUGAUUUUGAUGACCAGUUACAAAAUAAUGAAGAUGAUGAAGCUAACCAGGUUCCUGCUGGACAUGAUAAAAACCAAGAGGUAGGGGUGAUGGUAGUUCCAAGGUAAAAAUACUGCAAUUCGUAAUCAGUUUGAGGAAAGAAAAAUUGAGAGACCAAAAUAAAACAGUUAAUAAUGGCACAGAAUUAUUCAAAUGAUGGAGAAAGUGCACAAGCAUAAUUAUGAGGAAACAGUAUAAACACAUUCUCCUCUUCCUGUUGCACCAAUGUAACUUGAUCAGGUUUUUCAACCCAAGGACACAAUAUGAGAAGCACAAGCUAACAGACAUAUUCUGUGUAUAUGGCUAAUUUUUAGAUAAAACUUGGGGAUGCAAGGAGCACAUUUUAUUUGAAAUCAUUUUUGUGACUUAUGAGUCUAUUGGUGCCAGUUUGUUAAAAGAAUCCACCAAGAAAGAUUAAGGGCAAGUAUUUGUCAAAUUGUGGGAAUACUUUUAAGGGUAAAUCACUUUAUGUUCAGUAUCUGUUGCAUAUCUUGAAUUUCUUAUCCUUCAAAGUAAUAUUAUUGUUUGUGUAAUAGUUUAAAUUAUCUGACAGAUAAAUAUUUCUUCCAAAUCUUAUGAUAUAUAAAUUCUUUUUAUACAAGUUUCAUAAUAUAAAUUUAAUUUACAUUCUAUAACAAAUACAUAGUGGCAUUGAAUGUUUAAUUGCAGUGGCCUAAUAGAAAUUAAUUUAUGUAGAUAAUAGAUUGACAUGAAAAGUGUUUUGAUUUGUAUAUAAUGUUUGGUUAAAAAAAAUUUAUGCUUGUAUGUUAUAUUAAUCAUAGUUGUACAACAAUUGUUUUUAUUACCAAAAAAAAGGCCUAGACAUAAGGGUGUCUAAACAUGAAAACAACAUUAAUAUGAUAAAGACUUAUAGCAUUUAUACAUAAAUUUACAAAAGUAAAAGGAUAAAACAUCAUUCAUUCUUGUAUACUAUUGUUAUAAUUAUUCACUGAAAUUGUCUUAUGUUUAAAACCUAACCUAUAUGAAAUGUUUGAAAGCUGAAACAUUCUAGUUCUUUGAUGUAGUUAUUAUUUUAAAAACAAGGAGUAAUAUUAAUGCAGGAGUUAAUAUAAAUACUUUCAAGGAAAUGAAAGAUAUGCCUUUGCAUGAUUUUGAUUCUUAAAACAACAUAUCCUCAGUUAACACCCAAGUACCUUUUUCCCCCCAAACACCAGUAAAGACUUUCAAAUGAUAAAAACUAUUGAUUAAUAAGUGUAAGAUUAUUUAUCUAUUUACCUGAAAGUUUAUUAAAAACCAAAAUAUGUUAAUGCAAAAAUCACAUUGAAAAUAUAUAUAUAUAUAAUGAAAGUAUAUAUAAUUCUGUUGAAUUAAUGUUUACUGGAAAAUACGUGAUAUAUUGUAUCAAUUCAUUUUCUGUGUUGCAAUAAAAACACUAAAUUACCAAUAACUUAUUUUCAUUUGGCUUGUAUCAAAAAUGUUUUUUUUAAUACAGUAUGGUGUACAUUUCAAAUUAACCACCAGCAGACUUGAAAAUGUGAUUAAUUAAUUUGAGCUCUUUUGUAGAAUACAUGAUAUUAUUUUAUUUGAGUUUUAAAGCAAUACAACAUUACCAGUUGUGUUAUAUAUCACAAAUAUACAGUUUUAUAGUGCCAAUGUGCAGUUUUUUUAAGUUCCACCUUUUGAGAGUUAUAGAUGAUUGAUAACCAGCAUCAUAAUAGUUUAAAAAAACUACAUUUAAGUGCUAUUUAUCUGCUUUAACCAUUAUGUUCUUUCAUGAUUUCAUAAAAUAUUUUUUACUGUGACAGAAUAAUGAUUUUUUUUACAAAGCUUUCAUCAGAGUACUUUUAAGUUUUUCUUCUGUAUUUUUACAUAAAAGUAACAUAUAAGCUGUAUUGCCUGAAAAGCUAAUUUUUAUGUAAUUUUGGGGAAAAACAUGUAUUACUGAUAAUUAUAUUUAUUUUAACCAUGAACAUGGAUUGUUUGCUAUUCUUGUCUUCUCCAUUAAUUUCCCUUUCUAACAAUGUAAUGUUCCAUGAACUUUCCCAGUGUAAGGUAAAUUGUUGAGAAAUUUUGGGACACGUUUAACAAUAUGAUUUAAAGUUAUUACCAAGAAAAUAAGAAGUUA